AUGUAGCCUUCCAAAUGCGACCUUCUUUCAGAAUUCGGAGGUGUAUCCACUGAUCUAUAUAAAUUGAAGGCUGCAUUCGGAGUGUCCUACUCACUUUUCUGAAACGAGACAGCCUCGAUGACGUAUUCGGCCGACAAAUGCGACCUCCAGAUGUGUGCAGAGUAUAUAAUAUGUAUAAUUAUAUUAAUAUAUCAUUAAUAUAAAGUAUUAGACUAAAAGUACACCUUUAAAAUCUAUUUUCUUUUCUCUCUACAUCAUUAUAACUCUCCUAAAUGUUACCUCAUACGUUCCCUUCUCACUCAAAGCGCUCGCGCUUGUAAAAGAGUGGCGUGUUGUCAUAGCAACCAUGUUACGUUCCGUUUCCUUUCCUACAAAGCAGUCUCGUUUAAACGAGACUUGUUUAAAAGAGGACGCUCGGUAUACUGCAGCCUUCAAAGGACGCGUCCUAUCUAGCACGCAGCCUUCGAAACGAGACACAGCUACGGUCGGAACCGCUCUCCGAUGAAAGCUUCUGUCCGGCCACUCCAGCGACUCUGAGCGCGAUCACAGAGGCAGAAAAGCACGAUCAAACGACAGAUCUAAAGACAGAGACAGGAGACAACCACAAUGACCAGAAAAAACACAAGAAAAAGAAGAAACACAGGGAUGAAAAGAGCAGCAGGAGGAGCAGAAGCUUGGAAAGCGAGAGAUGGGAGGAGCAGCAAAAGUGAGAAGAGGAGAAGACCGAGCCAGAGCCCCAGCUGGGAAAGAUGGAGGGAGGAGAGGAGGAGUAGAGAGAGAGGGAGAGGCCAAAAGAGUGAAGAGAGAGCGAGACAGAUGGGGGGGACAGCAGUCGAGACAGGCGAAGCAGUCUCCUCGAGUGCCUCCAACUCCUCGGCUGACUCUGAUCAGGGAGGGGAGACGUCACAGGGUCAAUCCUCUGUCAAAGAAGACCGAAAGAAACAGAAGGAGAUGAUGAAAGCCCUGGAAACUCCAGAGGAAAAGAGAGCCAGAUGUCUUGCCAAGAAAGAGUGCUGGAGUGAAGAGUACAUGGGUUAUACCAACGCAGAAAAUCCGUUUGGAGAUAACAACCUGCUCGGCACGUUUAAGUGGCAGAAGGUGAGAGAGAUUGAUUGGAAAAGCAGGAGCCAUAUAUAUCGUGCCAUUAUAAUGUUGGACUCCUCUAAGGGGCUGUUCACACAGGAUGCAUUUUUGCAUUCCGUCUGCUGUAAUCUGUAA